CUACAUCCGGUAAGAAACCGCUAUCUGUCAGAAAAAGCCUCCCGAGCGGAGCUCCGCUACACGGACCCUGUCCUCAGAGCUCACCGCUGCUCUCACGGUGGUCUGCUGAUCGACCUUUUGGAGCCUUUCACCUCGGACACACAGCACAGAACAUGUCCGCACUGAGGUAACCGUCCCCCCGGGCCGCUGCUGCUGCCUCCCCGGCCGGCUGAAGGACGAGGCAGGACGGACGAACACAGAUGGAGAGGCCGCGCAGGCUGCUGCUGCUGUCCGAGCUCCGCGUCAGAAACGCCGCGUACGAUGUGAGUCUGAGCCGGUCCAUGCUCACCUGGAAGAGACGGAUCUCCAGCCCGGUGUACCACCCGUUCAGACCCUGUGUACAUCACAGUGUGUCAGUGUCAGAGAUCAUCUCUGUCAGAGAGGAAGAGGAGGAGAACAGCAGCAGACAAAGAGACGAUGGCAGCUGGAGGAAGAUCAAAGAGAGAGAUGGAAAGGACUGCAGGCAGACCUUCACAGUGUUGUACGUGGAGAGGUGUCAGCAGCACCGCUGGCGGUGUGCUGAGGUCAGCUUCACGUGUUCAGAUGAGGCACUGUGCCAACGCUGGGUCAGCAGCAUCAGAGAGCAGCUCGUCGCUAUCACCACCAGACCAAAACACCUGCUGGUCUACAUCAACCCUUAUGGGGGGAAGCGACAGGGCAAACGCAUCUUUGAGCAGAAGGUCGUCCCGCUGUUUGCUGAGGCCGGCAUCUCCACGGAUGUCAUCGUGACAGAGUACGCCAAUCAUGCGAGGGAUCUCCUGAAGACAGAGGCAGAGCUGAAGAAGUAUGAUGGUGUGGUGUGCGUUGGAGGGGACGGCAUGUUCAGCGAGAUCAUCCAUGGGCUGAUCUGGAGAACACAGAUCGACGGUGGCGUAGAUCCAAACUGUGCGGAUGAGGCGUUGCUUCCCUGCUCACUUCGCAUCGGAAUCAUUCCUGCAGGUUCAACAGACUGUAUCUGCUUCGCCACUGUCGGCACCAACGACCCUGUGACCUCUGCUCUGCACAUCAUAGUGGGAGACUCUCAGCCCAUGGACGUAUGCUCAGUUCACCACAACAACACAUUUCUGCGAUACUCAGUCUCCCUGCUGGGAUACGGUUUCUAUGGCGACGUGCUUACUGACAGUGAGAGGAAGAGAUGGAUGGGACCGGCCAGAUACGACUUAUCAGGUCUGAAAAUGUUCCUGACACAUCAUUAUUACGAAGGAACAGUGUCCUACCUGCCGGCCAGAGGCAUCAUGGGAACUCCACGAGACGCUGCCAGGUGUCGAUCAGGCUGUGUGGUUUGUCAGCACAAUGGGCAGCUACUUUCAGAGACAUCUGAGAGGAGCCAGAUUGAUGAAACAUCAGCUAGUGAGAGUGACGGUGAGUGGAGGACGAUCCGAGGGAAGUUCUUGGCUAUAAAUGCUGCCAGUAUGAGCUGUGCUUGUCCUCGCAGCCCCAAGGGCCUCUCACCUGCCGCUCACCUGGCUGACGGCACCACAGACCUCAUUCUGGUCCGAAAAUGUUCCCGCUUUGAUUUCCUCAGACACCUUCUGCGACACACCAGCAAAGAUGACCAGUUUGACAUGACGUUUGUCGAGGUCCACCGAGUGCGGCGAUUCCGCUUCACGCCUCGACACUGCCAGAGCGACUCUGACCUGGAGCUGGACCUGCGAGAGCAUGGCAAACGACAGAUCUUCAGCCAGAUCUGCAGAGACCACCCGGCUUGCAGCUGUGCCCCCGCCUACAGCAGCUGGAACUGCGAUGGCGAGAUCCUGACCCACACGGCCAUCGACGUUAGAGUGCACUGCCAGUUGAUCAAGCUGUUUGCACGCGGAAUCGAAGAACAGGCAGUGUUCGAGGAUCUCACCAACCCCUGUGCAAUAUAGACCCGUAGCCCAAUAUUCCUCCGUCAGACACUGGAGUCUUCUCUCUGUUUCCAGUCGUCACCUACGUUACUGCUGCAGGCAUCGUCAUUCAACACUCACAUUUCACCAGGAGACUCAACAGGAUUUUGUAUGACGUAUGAAAAUGUUACUCCCUGGGUUUAAAAGUUUCCUUAAAUCGCCUUGAACUGCUUUAUAUGUAUCCCCUUGGAAGUCACAGCUGCUUUUAGAAAUCAAUCACAAAGAGACCCUGCAGAGAGAAAAGGUUCACCCUGAGAGUUUGGAUUUGUGGUGGGUGCCACUGUUGGUGUUUUGAUGUGGACAGUUGACCAUUGGUUGAUCAGUCACCUGAUUUAUUUUUGAUAUUGAACUCCACUUCUGACAGUAGUUUUCUCCAUAAUCUUUAGAUCAUGACUGGAUGACCUCUGUGACUUGAGGUCUCUGCUACAAAUGAAAAAAAGGUCCAAGCAACAUGGACUCAUUGAGUGGCUGUGUUGGCCUGUGUCUCACUGCCUGUAGAACUGACUGGUUGUUAUUUUAAGUCUGGCCUUUUUUUCCUUAUAACACAGGCUUGUUUAGAGCCACGUCAGUGAUUUGAUUAAGAGUCGUCUUGUGGACAGUUUGAUUCUUGUUUUCUUCAGUCUCGUGGCUGUUUGAACUCAGACUUGUCUCAGUGUUGUAGUUGUCUGGACUCAGACUUGUAGGAGUCCUGUGGAUGUUUUCUCAUGGACUUGCUUUAGAUCUCAGUUAUGUGGUUGUUUAUAGCUGAAUUUCUCUCAAUCAUGUGGCCGCUUUAACUCAGACUUGUCUUGAUCUUGUCAUUUUUUGUAUUAGGGCAUGUAUUGAGUUUUGUGGACUCUGACUUUUCAUGGUGUCACUGGUGUUUUGACUCUAAUUGUCUCCAUCUGACCAGUUUCAGUCUUCUGUGUUGAGGAUGAUGUCUGAUAGAUGUAGGGGGUCUUGACUCUGACUUAAACUUGUUUGGACGUAGCUUUGACUUGUCCAGGACAAAUUCUCUGCAUUGUUGUCGAACAUCUCUAUCUAAAAAGUUUUUCUCUCCGAACUCAAAUUCACCUUGUACCUGUGAUUGUUUUGUCUUUGACAUGUCUUAAUCUUGGCUAUCAGUUACUCUCAAUUGUAGCUGUAGACUUGACUCUCUGAAACUCGUUUGACUUGGACUUGUCUUGAGCUUGACUUGAAUUGCCUGUUCAUUCAUUUCUAGAUUAGUCUUUUUUAGUGCUGUAGUCUAGUCUUGAUUGUGAUCUUUUUUUUUUUUUUAUCAUCUUAGAUGUGUCUCUGCCUUGUGUGUUUAGACUUGUACUCAACUCUGACUUGUCUCUGACUCACCCUGUGAGUCAGUGGUCUUGACUGCAGCUCUUCUGCCGUACAAAUGGGUUAGACGGCAUCUUAUUUGAAUUUUUAAAUAGUUUCAACCAAAACCAAUUUACAUGAAAAGUAGAAAGUCGAACUCUGACUUGCGAUAUUAUUUCCACAGUCACCGUCUGUUUUUCAGCUGUGUGAAGGUUUCUGUUACAUCUUAUUUCAAAAACACAUCCAUUAGUGUUGUGUUCAUGUUUCCAUCAUUUCUCAGGAAACAGUCUGAGCCUAGUUGUAGCUAUCAAAUUGUAUUUUUUACAUAUAUGAAUUCCAAACAAUAUAGAAAAAGAAAAGUCUGAAAAUUUUAACUCUCAUCAAAAACAUGUAGUCAGUCAAAGGUCGUGGCUGAGGAUGCUGUACAGCACACAUGGAUGUUUUCAAUCAUUUCACUCGAUAUGCAAAUCACUUGUCAGUUGGUGCAAACACAACCUCAUGAAAAUUUCCAGCUUUAAAAAUAAAACAAACAGAUAAUCAUCAUAGUCUUUGAAAUGAGCUGGAAUUGUAGCUGUAGCUUAAAAUCUGAACUGGUCAGUUCAUAAAACCUCAAGAUAAUCACAUGGACCUUCCAAGAGUCAGAAAUAAAGAUUCAACAGACAAUAUGUUUUUGCAAACAGAUUGCUUCAGAGCAAUUUUACCUCCUUUUUUAAAAACAAUGUAGUUGCUUUGUGUGAUGUUCCUACACUACAUGGCCAAACGUAACAGUCCAUAGCUGCAUCCCAAAUGUGUUGCAUGUGUUCAGGUCUUAUAGACCAGUCAAGUUCUUCGACAAACUGGGACGAUUAUUUUCUUAUAAAUGUUGUCAUGAAUACGUUUUCUAUUGUGAAUGCCAAUCUUUUGAUCCAGUCCAGUUGGUGGCAGUAAUGUGGCUGUAAGCUGGUCUGCCAACAGGCAUUAAACCAAGAAACAGAUGUAUUCGGGCAAAACAGGGAAGUGGUUUACAAAAAGUUUGGAGAACACUUGUUUUGUCAAGAGUAUAAUACUUUGCUCUAGAUUUGGGGGGGACAAUAGUUGUUUUAGGACGUCACAAACAACUUAAUUUGAGGAUAUGUACGCUCAAUAUACUUUUGGCCAUGUGGUCCACACUCCAAAAAGGAAACUGCUUGUUUAUAAAUGAGUCAAUCCAAAUGAAGGUUACACAUUUUACUGUAUUAGGUUCACACUGAUGAAUCAUUCAAAAUAUAAUAGUUUUUUUGGAAUUGUUUGACAGUUUCCAUUUGAUCACGCAGCAUCUUUGUUUUGUAAAAUAGUUUAAACUUUGAGGACAAAUCAGACUGGAAGUUGAGUAUCCGUACUGGACUUGCUGAGUAGAAGCUGUUUCUUUGUAUUUCUGUUAGUCAGAUUUGUUGAAAAGCCGUCCUGUUUCCUGCCUGCUGAUGUUGAGCUGGACUCAAACUGAUGGAGGAGAGGACCUGUAGCAGCUCACGGUGCUUUUCAAAACUCUGAUCAAUCACUUUUAAGCUUUCUCCUGAUUUUAAUCUGACCAAAUAGCCUACCAGCUUGGGUUCUGAGAUGUAGCUGUUUGUCUGUGACAGUUGUCUUCAGGUCUUCACAGGCUCAAUAUGUUGGAGCCAGUACAAAGCAGCCCCAUAGAAAAACAAUGUUGUUUUUGCUGGAGAACAGGCCUGAUCCAAAAAGGUUCAGGACAGCCAAAACUGGUCUUAAAUGGAGGCAAGGAUGAUUGCACCUUCACAAAAACAGAGUGAACACCAGCAUUGGCAGCAGCAUGAUGCUCCACUACAACAAUAAAACAUUGUCUCAGUUAGAGCCUGGACCUGUGAAGACCUGUAGCUCAGCUCUUUCUCUUAUGCUGAUUCGUCUUUUAACUGUGUUCAAUGAAUCACUCUGGAUGUUGGAACCCCUUGCUUACCACUCGUUCAGCUACCUGAAGGUGCACGACUGAGGUGGCAUUUUGAUCAGGAGAAGAUUGAAUAUCUUCUUCAUAUUUAGCCUGCUGAAAUUAUUAAUAAAACAUGUUUGUGUCACAGUAGUAUCGGAUAAUUAAUGUCAGAUUUAGCGUGAAAAGACGUACAUUGAUUUGCAUGUUUUCAUGAAAAUGUUGGUGCUGGAAGCUCACAGUGCUACACUGGGCAGCUACAGUAGCUGGUGGCUACAGUACAGCUAACAUGCUAUUUAGCUGGGCACAUGUCGGCCCAUAGUGCUAGCCCUAGUGAGCCAUAAUAUCCCACGUUAUUAGCUCAGUAGACAGCAGUUAAUGUAUGUUACUAUUCAGCCAGAAUAGUUAGCUGGCUUGCUACUAGCUAAUGUUGCAUUUACUAAUUGUACCUGUAGACCAAAAGACUCAGACACAACAGAAAAUGGCUUAAUGAAAUUCCUUUUUGCGCCUCUAAGAAAUAUGCAGUGCUACGUGCUAGGUUACGUGGCGAGGUCCCGCAGGUGAACUGCUGUAUCUUGCAAGCUAAUGGCUACCUCCCUGCUAGCAUUUUUAUCUAGUAGUUAUUAAUUUCAUUCAAUAAAAAGUUGUCGAAAAAGGGGAGAAAGCGCUGUUAAGUUAGCAAACAUUAGUCUGUCAUUUACAGGAAAAUAAAUUCAAAGUCUUGUAACUGUU